AGCUGCGUGAGUUUCCUCUUAGAAUUGGUCUACUUCUCAAUUUCCUUCGUCAAGAAACAAUUAUUAUAUUAGUCUCUCUCACACAAUUCUCAAAAUCUCAUCCGAAUUUGCGCCUUUUCCGCUCCCUUUGCUCUGUCAAAAUCACCUCCAACGGAAAAUCUGGGAAGAUUUUCUCCAUAAUUCGCUGAUGGGUUCCAAAACCGUUUAUCGAUCUCUCACAGAGCUGUUUCCACAGAUUGAUGCAAGGAUUUUAAGAGCUGUUGCUAUUGAGCACCCAAAGGAUGCUGAUGAAGCUGCAGCUAUAGUUAUUUCAGAGGUUAUUCCUAAGUUUUGCCCAGAUUUGACUGAUUCUACACAACCUGGGGACAAGGCACCGGGAAAUGUGCCAGACAACAAUGUAGAACGUGAUAUUCAAAACGGUGGGUUGAGUGGUUCAGAGACGGGUGCUUCAUCUUCAGGAACUAUCCCUCUGGCCCAUGAAACAAGGGCCCCAGUUACUGAGUUUCUUUCUAAUAGGAACCAGUUGACAAAUGUAAUGCCAAAUGGUGAUCUUGAUAUACAGAGCAAAGCAACUAUCGGGUUGAGCGGAUCUAAUGAGUCUAGAGUGGUUUCCUCAGAUCCCCCUGCCUUCACUCAGGCGGGAUCCAAAUUGACUAGCGAUUGUUGGGAAGGUAUUGAUUUCCACUUUACAGGUAAUCAAGCUGAGUCAAGCACAGGCGUUGUUUCAGAAGAUGUUGUGCAUAAGCUGGUUUAUCCUGUAGCAGACAAUUCGACAAUUACACAGAAACCAUGUCGUUCUCAAUCUGGAUCUGGUAGUUUAGAUGAUGUGAAAGAGGCGUCAAGUGGUUCACUGGCUGGUGAAAACAGGGAUGCAGAGUUGAGUGCCUCAAAUCUCGUGGACGAGACAUCAAAGGGUUCUUUGGCCGUUGAAAACGGUGAUCUAGAUCAAAGUAGUGCUUUUAGCUCUAUUGUUAGCAGAUCAACGCAGGGAUGCAAAAUUGAUCACCUUGAGCAGAUAAUUGAAGAUGCCAAAAGUAACAAGAGAACCUUGUUCACUGUGAUGGAGUCGAUCCUGAAUCUGAUGAGAGAAGUUGAACUUCAAGAGAACGAUGCAGAAAUGAAGGAAGAAGCUACUAGAGGAGGCUUCGAUACCCUUAAAAAGGUUGAGGAUCUGAAGAAGAUUCUGGCACAUGCUAAGGAGGGAAAUGACAUGGUGAGCUUAUUUUACUGAUAUAGGUCAAUUUUGACCACUGAAGUAAACGAGCUUGAAAAUCGCUUGCUCAACUUAUCAGAUGAACGAGACAAGUCUCUUUCUGUUCUUGAUGAGAUGCGUGGAGUUCUUGAAAUGAGACUAGCGACAGCGCUGGAGAUGAAAAAUGCCGCUGAGCAAGAAAAGCAAGAAAAAGAAGGUUCUGCGCGGAAGGCAUUUGCUGAACAAGAAGCGAUCAUGGAGAAAGUUGUCCAAGAAUCAAAGCUUCUACAGCAGGAGGCAGAGGAAAAUUCCAAGCUGCGAGAGUUCCUUAUGGAUCGUGGUCGGAUUGUUGAUUCCUUACAAGGAGAAAUCUCUGUGAUCUGUCAAGACAUCCGACUCUUGAAGGAGAAAUUCGACAACCGAGUGCCGUUGAGCCAGUCAAUCUCCUCAAGCCAGACUAGUUGUAAACUGGCUUCUUCUAGAUCAUCAAUGAAGAGCUUGUUGCUUGAGAAGACUCUUGAGCUAUCUUAUGAAACACCUGAAGCCUCAGGUAACAAAGAGAGCCCAAAAGCUUCGGUUAGCGAGGAAAAAGACGAACGCAAGGAGCUCCUCGAAGAUGGCUGGGACUUCUUUGAUAAAGAGACAGAACUUUAAGUGCAGAAGAUUACAUCUCUUUAUAGAAAUAAAUUUGGUAUUUAGAAUAAAAGAGAUAUGAAAGGGAUUUUGGGUUCUGCGUUUCUUCUACACUCUACACUUUAUAGAGCAAAUUUUGGUUCUUUGAGCGAAUCUACGAUUACUUUAACAUCUAUCAAGCUUUUCUUCUUUUCCUCGAUGUACAGUGUACUCUUCAUGUUUUUUUUUUUUAAACUCUGGAUGGAAGUGACAUACAAAUCCUAAAAAAA